GGCACUCCACCUCAGAUGAGUUUCCUCCUCAACUCAUCUGCUGCCUCCAGCAACUUUUUGUGCAUUUCCAGCAGCCAUGGAGCACAGGAGCCCAUGAUGCCAUCCUUGGCAGACUUGAGGAUGGACUCUGACAAGGGUGCCGCACCAUGGCUCCCUACAGCCCAUACUCUGCUGUGACGCUGUUCCGACUUCAACCCUUCUCUUGCUUCCUCCACUUGGCUCUGCAGUUCUGGAACCAGACCUAAACAUGGGGAGAGGAAAUGAUUGGAAGACUGGCCGUGUAGUGAAGCAAGUGUUCUGGAGCCUAAAGGAACUCAGGUCUGCAUUCUGGCCGCUAAGCAUCAGGUUCCCCCUCUGUAUCCUGUCUUCUGGCAGCUCAGUUUUCAUGGCCAGCAUCUCCCAAGCACAGACGUCUGGAUAGGGGGCCUCGUUGAGUGCCUUCUCUAGCUCCCCUAGGUGGUAGGAGGAAAAGAUUGUCCUGUGUCACUGCUUCUUCCAUUUCUUGGUCUGGUUUUAAGCUGAUUUGGACAUUUUUCGGUCGCUGGAGGAAACAUCUUCAGAAUCCGAGCUGGCCGACUGGCUGGUGUCCAGCCGCCCCGAUGCUCUGCCCAGCAGCCGCAAGUCGACGCUCUGAGAGUUGGACAGCACUUCCAGGAAGGCGGGCUGCACAUACAAGCCCGGGAGGCCCCCGGACCCCAGCAGCCCCAUGCUGCCCACUCAUGCGAGACUGAGCAAGGAGCUCGCUGCCAGCAAGUGCCCGGAGGCCAGGCCAUCGAGGGUUGCCUGCAAGUGGGAUCUGGGGAGCUCCUUGUUCAGGCCUAGGAUCUCCGGAAUGCCGAACCCAGUGCACCUGGCCGGAGUGCUCCGCGAGAAAAACAGAAAACACUGGAGAAGCGUUCAUUGGUUAUCCUUGUGGUCACUCCUGGAUGUGACCAGCUUCCUUCUUUGGAGUCACUGGAGAAUUACACCCUGACCAUAAACAAUGAGCAGUGUUUCCUCCUGUCCGAGACUGUCUGGGGAGCUCUCCGAGGGCUGGAGACCUUUAGCCAGCUUGUUUGGAGAUCUCCUGAGGGCACAUUCUUUAUCAACAAGACGGAGAUUGAGGACUUUCCUCGCUUCCCUCACCGGGGCUUGUUGUUGGAUACAUCUCGGCAUUACCUCCCGCUGCCUACCAUCCUGAACACUCUGGAUGUCAUGGCAUACAAUAAAUUCAAUGUGUUCCACUGGCAUCUGGUCGAUGACCCAUCCUUCCCAUAUGAGAGCUCCACUUUUCCAGAGCUCACCAGAAAGGGUUCCUACAACCCUGCCACCCACAUCUACACAGCACAGGAUGUGAAAGUGGUGAUUGAAUAUGCACGGCUUCGGGGUAUCCGUGUGUUGGCAGAAUUUGACACUCCUGGCCACACUCUGUCCUGGGGACGAGGUGUCUCUGGAUUACUGACUCCUUGCUACUCUGGGUCUCAACCCUCUGGUACCUUUGGACCAGUAAAUCCCAUUCUCAACAGUACCUAUGAGUUCAUGAACACAUUCUUCUUGGAGGUCAGCUCUGUCUUCCCGGAUUUUUAUCUUCACCUUGGAGGAGAUGAGGUUGAUUUUGCCUGCUGGAAGUCCAACCCAGAUAUCCAGGACUUUAUGAAGAAGAAAGGCUUUGGUAACGACUUCAAACAGCUGGAGUCCUUCUACAUCCAGACGCUGCUCGACAUUAUCACUGCCUAUGGCAAGGGCUACGUGGUGUGGCAGGAGGUGUUUGAUAAUAAAGUAAAGGUUCAGCCAGACACAAUCAUCCAGGUGUGGCGAGAAGAAAUACCAGUAAACUAUUUGAAGGAACUGGCACUGAUCACCGAAGCUGGCUUCCGGGUUCUGCUCUCUGCCCCCUGGUACCUGAACCGCAUAAAUUAUGGCCCUGACUGGGAGAACUUUUACAUGGUGGAGCCCCUGUCAUUUGAAGGUACUCCAGAGCAGAAGGCUCUCGUGAUUGGUGGAGAGGCCUGUAUGUGGGGAGAGUAUGUGGACAGCACAAACCUGGUCCCCAGGCUCUGGCCCAGAGCAGGGGCUGUUGCUGAGAGGCUGUGGAGCAACAAGGUGGUGACUAACUCGGAAUUUGCCCUUAAACGUUUGGCGCACUUCCGCUGUGAACUGCUGAGGCGAGGUGUCCAGGCCCAGCCCCUCAAUGUAGGCUACUGUGAACAGGAGUUUGAAUAAACCUGAGCAAGCAGCCCCAGGCACCGAGGAGGGGCUGGCGGGACCAGGCUCCUACUGCAUCCUGGCUUGGGGUCGGAGCCUCUUGCUCACGUGCCACUGUGCUGGAAAGAACAGGGCCAGUGCUGGUGUCCAAUAAAGAGUGAUGUGACAUUUUUCUAUAAUGAACAUGGAUUACCUGUGUUAAAAAUUGUGAGUGGCCCUUGGGGAGGGGCGCUGCCAGGACUGGCAUCUGCUCCUGAGCGUGGUGGGGCUCUGCAGGGCCCAGGCUGGUUGGGCUCAAUAUCUGCCCCUGGAGGGAUCUUGUAAGUUGAUGAUUGAGAAUGAAACCUAUAGUCUUUGUGCUGUCCUGCCUCUCCCACAUAGUCCAGAUACAUACCCCCAUCCUCUAGUUACUUCCCUCCAAGUAGGGAAGUUACUUAGACCUCCAAGGCUUCUAUAUACAGAAGAAGACAUUAUAGGGGUUCAAGGAAAUGCUGAGCAGUGACUGCAGACCCAGCCUGGUCACAGAAUAGCCCAUGCCCCGUGCAUACUCACACACUACCCUCCCCUAGAACUUCUGCUGUGGGUCUUGUUACUUCACUUUUAUGCAACUGUUACUUAAAUGUUAUAAAAUACAUAUUAUGGUAUUGGCACUGUAUAGUAGGUGUUGAAUAUGAAGGACUUGGUCCCAAGAGGCCCCCCAAAACCAGCAACUUCCAUUCUCCCACCCAUUUUCAGCCCAAUUACAUCAUUUCACAGAAUUGGUGGCACAGCUGAGACCAUAAGAAGAAAGGCCCUGGGGGUCCAGGAGGUGGGCGCAGGGCUCUUGAAGAGGGUCUUGCACAAGUGACCAGUGUUCCCUGGGAAAAAGUGACUCGUUGUGGACUCAGGCUGCCCUGGGGGGAUGGGGGGAUUCACGGUCAGAGAUGACAGUGCAGCCCAGAGGCUGGGGCAAGAGUGGACAGCAGCUGUUUUAGAUAAGGAUUUCUUUGACUUUCUUUUACCUGGUUCUUGGAUAAAAGGACAAUGGAGAGGUUCCCAGGCAUUUCUUUCGGAAAGUUUCCAGUCUGGUGGACUCAAGCUUGGAGAAGACAGGACUGAGAAGGGAUCUGAGUAAGAUUUAGUCCUUAAAUAGCAUCCUUCAAUCCCUCAAUCGUUCUACUUUGGGGACCUGAUUGGAGGUACACCAACCCUGCCUCCUUGUACUGUUUCAGUAGGGACAGUGGGCACCUUAUACCUGCAGAACUCUCUUGAGGAUGGGAUUUUCACACAGCCUGGAGUAGCCAUGCCCAGGGCUCUGGCCUAGAGAAACAUCACAUGCACCCGCCAGAGGAGCUCACUUAACUCCAUUACCCAGAGAAUCCUGUCGGGUGGCCUCAGGCAAGGACCCUGCAGGAGUGCUGCUAUACUUCAGUUGCCUCUGCUUCCUUGAUCAUAACUAACAUUGCAGUUGUUUGGAAGAAUGGUAAAUAAAAAGAUCAGCCAUUAAGUCAUCUCAAGUCAAUGAAGGAACAGACCAUGAAAACAUUUGUUAAAGCAGUAAGGGUUUAUGAUUUCUUAUUCUUGUAAGCAUUUUCUUUAAUGUUAUUCUUUUUAUAAUUUAAAAAAAGUCAGUGUGGCCUGAUCAAGACCUUCAAUGGUGGGAUGUGAUGUUUCCAGCCUUCACCUCUGCUCCUAUGGGCCCAGUGAUCAUGAGGGCAUUUACCCAAAGAUCGUCAGACCUCGAACUGCUGACCACAGCAACUGCCCAUUCUGUCCCAAUGCUUCCCCACCUCAGCUCCCUUCACCAGGGCUGUGGGCUUAGUGUCCCACCCUGCCUGUGUUCACUGGGCACCACCAGGGACGGAGAAGUGCCCAGACUUAUUUCCUGGUUCCAGUCAUCUUAGAGCACAAAGAGUCUGCCCCUCCUGUGAAUCUCCUAAGGAUGCAAGGCAGGCCUAGAGGGAAUACAAGUAAAGGGAAGACAUCCAGCCCCCCUCUCCCUGGUAGGAGUUGAGGCCACAUGCCAGGUACCCAUUCCUUCUUGGAAGCUGGUGUUUUCAGGUGCAUCUCAGUGGACUAGCACACACAUGAAUGGCACAGGACUUGGGCACGGGUGCUCCACAGCACUAGAGAUGGGUCAGCAAGGGAGUGAUGAAAGUCGAAUGAUACUGGGAAAGGGUUAAAAAAGGAUUAUAUGGGUAUAGACUGAAUUUAAGUGUCAUGCCUGUUGGCAACAUUAGCACUCUAAAGUUUAGAUUUUUAUGGUUUUUUCAAUUUCAUUUGUAAGAUUGAUUAAUACAGGCCAUGACAAUUGUGUAUCAUAUACCUUUUUCCCACUACAAAAGAAAAGUAGGCAUUGGGUGCUUUGUUAAAAUCAUUCUGUAUAUUUUUCUUUGUAAAUAAAUAUUGAAAGUUUGAAAAUUAGUGAUUUUUUAUACCAUUAAUAUAUGUACAAUAUAAAUUUAUAUUAACUAAUUUCAGUGAAAUGUUGACUUGUUGAAAAUAUAUAUAUCUUCAGUCCUG